AUGGACUCGACCGAGGACUACAAGAAGACGCGCGAGUCGUUUGGCGUCUUUUCUUGGGCGAGAAUAGCCGUUGCGGUCUGUCGUCCGUCGGCGGCAAUCUUGGGUGCCGCUUUGCUCGUUUGCUGUCAUAAAGUGUUCGUUCGGAAGAGAAGGCGUUCGUUUUUGUGUCGCAAGAAGUUGAGUCCCCCCCCUUUCUCGCACAACAUCAUAACAAAAAUAAGCAUGAGAACGGGGCCAGGAAAUAUCGUUUCUAAUAUCUAUCUAUCUAUCUAUCUAUCUAUCUAUCUAUCUAUCUAUCUCAGUGAUUACCUAUGCAUCACUUUUCAGUCUCAGUCUUUUAAUAUCUAUCUAUCUAUCUAUCUAUCUAUCUAUCUAUCUAUCUAUCUAUCUAUCUUUGUCAAUCUGAUUAUUAUCUAUCUAUCUAUCUAUCUAUCUAUCUAUCUAUCUAUCUAUCUAUCUAUCUAUCUAUCUAAGUCUGUUUCUAUCUAUCCUUCUAUCUAUCUAUAUCAGUCUGAUCAUUACCUAUCUAUUUAUCUACCUAUCCCUAGUCUUUUCAUAUCUAUCUAUCUAUCUAUCUAUCUAUCUAUCUAUCUAUCUAUCUAUCUAUCUAUCUAUCUCAUUGCUUGCCUAAAUAUCUCUCUUCAAUAUCAGUCUUUUCAUAUUUUUCUUUCUAUUUCAGUCCUUACAUAUAUAUCUUUUUUUAAUGUAAUCUGUGUAUCUAAUAUGGUUCUUUUGUAUACACGCACUUAUGCGUUAUGGAUGACCAACUGUCGACGUCGUUUACACUCUCAGAUACCAACAAUUUCCGUGUCAAUUUUGCUGUCUCGCCGUAAACAACACUACGCUACUUUUCUUUAUAAAAAUGUCCCUUUUAUUAGAAUGUUAGAUUCGAUUUCGUCAUAUUCUCACAACCUCACCGCUCGCUCGUUCAUUUUUCUUUUUACUUGUCUUCUUUUAAUUUCUUCCAGAAAUGCAAAUGGACAGUAUUUUGUUGUGGUUUCUUUACUUCUCUAUAAUUUUACGCGCUCAUCGCCCGCGGUGAUUUCCUUUCUCUCUUCGGCCGUUCGUGCGAGCAGCCAUUUGCCGUCCUCACCGGCCCCCGUUCAAAUUUUCUCGCGAAGUGACUUAAGAAUUCCUUAA